CUUUUAACGGCAAGCCCUUUUCAUGUACAAGUUUGUUAGUGGAAAUUUCAAAACUCCGGAUGCUCACGUAAGGAUUUUGUCAUCUCGUUUCUUCGGUUUUGGCCCAAAUGAUUAUGUUUCCUCCUUUGGGGAGGAUUUCUCUGUGCAUUUUGAUAUUUUUCCUGACAGGAGGAAGCCUUGUUUCACUCUCAGAAGAGAGACAAGGACCCAUGCGUGCAGUCUCUGUCCUCGCACCGGAGAAGUCAACAGACCCUUCCCUGGCCACCAGAAAAAGACAGCUGUUGGACCCCCCAGAGGCUGGGAGGAGGUGGCUGCUUAGAAGGCGGAGAUCUAUUUUGUUCCCAAAUGGAGUAAAAAUUUGCCCCAAUGAAAGUGUUGCAGAGGCUGUGGCAAGCCAUGUGAAGUAUUUUAAAGCCCGAGUGUGCCAGGAAGCCAUCUGGGAAGCCUUCAGGACGUUUUGGGAUAGACUUCCUGGGCGUGAGGAAUAUCGUUACUGGAUGGACUUGUGUGAGGAUGGGAUCACAAGUGUAUUUGAAAUGGGCACACAGUUUAGUCAGUCUGUGGAACAUAGAAGCUUAAUCAUGAAGAAAUUGACUUACACAAAAGAAGCUGCAGGCAGCAUCUGCAAGGACCAAGCCUGUGGGCCUGACUUGUCAGCUCUAGUUCCUAUUGGUGAUACCUCAACAUUGGGAGGUGCUGUUUCUAGUGCUUCAUAUCCAGAGGUGGCUACAGAGAGCAGCGUGAUGUCACCAGAGGAGAGCAUCAGCAAUGAAAUUGAGAAUGUGACGGAGGAGCCCAUACCGCCCGCUGCAGAACAGAUAGCAGAAUUCAGCAUCCAACUUCUGGGGAAGCAGUACAGCGAGGAGCUGCAGAAUCCCUCCAGCGCCCUCUACCGGCACCUUGUGGAAGAGUUUAUUUCCGAGGUUGGAAACGCUUUCGCCGGGUUACCGGGGUAUAAGGACAUCCGCGUUCUUGAAUUCAGAUCUCCUGAGGAAAAUCGCAGUGGAAUAGACGUUCGCUAUGCGGUUACCUUCAAUGGCGAGGCCAUCGGCAAUACCACCUGGGACCUCAUAAGCCUUCACUCCAACAAGGUGGAGAACCAUGGCCUUGUGGAGCUGGAUGAUAAACCCACUGCUGUCUACACGAUUAGUAACUUCAGAGACUAUAUCGCCGAGACACUGCACCAGAACUUUUUGAUGGGGAAUUCCUCUUUGAAUCCAGAUCCCAAGUCUCUCCAGCUUAUCAAUGUGAGAGGAGUUUUUCUUUCCCAAAAAGAAGAUGUAGUUUGGCACACUCAAAGUUCAAGUCUUCCGGUGACAACGUCCUCUAUUCUGGACAAUACCCUCCAAGCUGAAUGGCUCUCAGCAGAUGAAUCUACCACCACCAUUUCACCACUCGAUUUCAGCUCUGGCAGGGAUCUCCGGGCAGAAGGUGCUUUGGGUGACUUAGCAUCUACACCUAAGUUAGCUUUUCCCCUGGAGGUGGUCCUCAGUUCUCCCCCAGAGGUUUCAGGGGGCAGCAGCUUGACUCUUCCUUCUGUUACCCCAGCAGUGCUUCAGACUGGCUUGCCUGUGGCUUCUGAGGGAAGGACUUCUGGAUCUUUCAUAUUAGAAGACGGACUAACCAUUACUGAAGAAUCAGAAGGUGCUUCUAUUGAUAUAGUGCCUUCAAGCUCAUUAAUUCAGCCUGUGCCAAAAGAAACAGUACCACCCAUGGAGGAUUCUGGCAUGACUCUCUUGACAUCCGCACCACAUCCGACCUCUUCUGUUACAGAAGACCUUGCUAAAGACAUAACAGCACCUUCUGGCUCGGACUCCUUGGCUUCCAAAGUCACAGACCAUUUGGAAGUGAGCCCAUGGUUUCCAGACACUUCUAUGGAAAAAGAGUUCGUUUUUGAAAGUGGCUUGGGUUCUGGUUCUGGGAAAAUUGUGGAUCUGAUUACUUGGCCGUGGAGUGAGACUUCAUUAGAGAAGACCACUGAAGCACUGUCAAAGUCAUGGCCUGAGGAUGAUGAUGCGCUCUUCACCAAGGGUGAAGAAAAGUUACAUGUAGAGGGCAGAGUGGAACAAAGUGUUGAACCUUCAGAACAUAGAUACGAUGAUUGGUCCAUACAUUUUACAGAGGAAGAGUCCCUUGUUGGAUCUACUCUACCCACCUUUGUAGAAUCUGCAACUCAAUCUCCAUCUCUAAUUUUUUCUAAGCACACAUCAGACCUACCAGGCAUUGAUUCUUACUCAGUUACCAAAGCUCCCUUCUUACUGGCAGCUAUAUCAACCUCCAUGUCCGCUAAGAAAACAGAUGAAGUGAAUACCCUUCUCAAGGAAGAUAUGGUGCAGACAGAGUCACCCAGUCACGAAGGACUUGACAGUGAGAUUUCAGUGGCAAAGCCAGAUAUUCAGCCUGUGUGGACCAUAUUGCCAGAAUCAGAUAUAGAUUGGGCACAAACUUCUUCCUUAGGGAAAUUGUCCAGAGACACAUUGGCAAGUACGCCGGAGAGCCCUGACAGGCUCUGGUUGAAAGCUUCCAUGACACAGUCUACUGAAUUGCCUCCAACCACCAGCUCCACCCAGCUAGAGGAUGAAGUAAUAAUGGGCGUACAGGAUAUUUCAUUAGAACUAGAUCGGGUGGGCACAGAUUACUAUCAGCCUGAGCUAACCCAAGAACAAAACGGUAAGGUUGGUAGCUAUGUGGAAAUGUCUACAAAUGUCCACUCCACAGAGAUGCCUAUUGUGGCUCAGCCCACAAAAGGAGGUGACAUGAGUCACACCCAGACCGCAGGAGCACUGGUGGUUUUCUUCAGCCUCCGGGUGACAAACAUGUUGUUUUCAGAAGACCUGUUUAAUAAAAACUCUUUGGAAUAUAAAGCCCUGGAGCAGAGAUUCUUAGAAUUGCUGGUUCCCUAUCUCCAGUCAAAUCUGUCAGGGUUCCAGAACUUAGAGAUCCUGAACUUCAGAAAUGGCAGCAUUGUGGUGAACAGCCGAGUGAGGUUCACAGAGUCUGUCCCUCCUGACGUCAACAAUGCCCUGUACAUGAUUCUGGAAGACUUCUGCACUACCGCCUACCAAACCAUGAACUUGGAUAUUGAUAAGUACUCCCUGGAUGUGGAAUCAGGUGAUGAUGCCAACCCUUGCAAGUUUCAGGCCUGUAAUCAGUUUUCUGAGUGUUUGGUGAAUCCAUGGAGUGGAGAGGCAAAGUGCAAAUGCUACCCUGGGUACUUGAGUGUGGAUGAACGGCCUUGUCAAAGUCUCUGUGAUCUACAGCCUGACUUCUGCCUGAACGAUGGAAAGUGUGACAUUAUGCCUGGACAUGGGGCCAUUUGUAGAUGCCGGGUGGGUUCGAACUGGUGGUAUCGAGGCCAGCACUGUGAGGAGUUUGUGUCUGAGCCCUUUGUCAUCGGCAUCACCAUAGCCUCUGUGCUCAGUCUUCUCCUUGUCGCUUCUGCUGUUAUCUUCUUCUUUGUGAAGACACUUCAAGCCCAGACUAUCAGGAGGCAAAGGCAGAGGCCCACCAGCAGGCAGCCCGACAGCCUGUCAUCUGUUGAGAAUGCUAUGAAGUACAACUCCGCAUAUGAAAGCCACUUGGCUGGAUGUGAACAGUACGAGAAACCCUAUAGCCAGUACCCCUUUGGUAGCUCUGCCAGUGAAGAGGUGAUUGGUGGUCUGAGCAGAGAAGAAAUCAGGCAGAUGUAUGAGAGCACUGACCUUUCCAAAGAGGAAAUUCAAGAGAGAAUGAGGAUUUUGGAACUAUAUGCUAAUGAUCCUGAGUUUGCAGCUUUUGUGAGAGAACAUCAAAUGGAGGAGCUUUAACCUAAACGCCUACUUUUUGACACCAAUUAGAAGCUCAGAGGAGAUGGAGAGGGCUUGUGACCUCUGCUGUAUGAUUAACGUGGAGUUUGAACACCGACGAAAGAAGAGUAAACAAGCCAGCGUGGGCUACACUUCUCGUCCCCACUGCAGCUUAACGUUUCGGACUCUAACAAACAACUGUGACAAAUUUCAUUUCCACGAAGAAGAAGAGAUGUGGUCAAGGAAGUUUAAAGCAGUGUGAACUCUGAUUCUGUAAAGUGUUCUAAAGGGAAGUGAGUAGAACAGAACCAAACCAAAAACCUGAAGCCGGAUCUGGGAGUUGGGGCUGCAUUGCCUCUGACUGUGACUCUUUGAGAGCAUCUCUAAGCACUGUGGCCCAGGCUUUCUAGUAAGAACAUGAAGUCAGACUAACAAAGAGGAGUCAAGCUCAGCAAGCCACCAUUUUGUGACAUAUUUGUUAAAGUCAAAUGGGAGAGGGGAAACUUUGAAGUAAUUUUAAUAUAGUUUAAGGGCAAAUAGUCACCUACAUAAAAACUAGGCUUUUGGAACUAACUGCUGAGUUAAGCAAUCGUUAGAUGUACUGUAUCUUGUGUAUGUUUGAUGCUUCUACCCCAGUUUUGAACUUUCUGGGCACGCUAAUCAAGGCCCCAACAUUGGUGCAUUAGUUAUGUCAAGGUGGGCUACAGUUUUGUCAUCCACUUGACACACCCAAGAGAAAGGAAAUUGAGCAAUUACUUCCACCAGAUUGGCCUGUGGGUCUACCACUGGGACAUUUUCUUGAUUAUUAAUUGAUGUAGGAAGGCCCAGCACACUACAGGUGCUACCAUCCCUGGGAUGGGGUUGGGGUUGGGGUGUUAAGCUACAUGAGAAAGGUAGCCGAGCCAGCUAGAGGAAGCCAGCCAGUAGGCACUUUCUUCGUGAUUUCUUCUGAGUUCCUGGCUUCCUCCUAUGGUAGACUGUAGCCCAUAGGCCAAAGAAGCUCUUUCCUUCCCAAAGUUCCUUUCCAAAGUUGCUUUCAGUCAAUGUUUAAUGAUAGCAACAGAGAAGGCAAUCGAAUAUGGUCUCCUUUGAGCUUUCUGGAUGUGGGCCAUGAAGGGGUUAGAUAAAUGCCAUGACAGACACUGCUUCGCAGAAAGACUGGCAGCCAAAGCCAUUGCUUAGAUACGUUCCCUGAUGCUUCUGAGGUGGGACAGUGUCUCGGGUCAUUCUAGGGCCUUCUGUACUUCUUGGCGUAUGAACCCGGAAAACAGCACUUGCCUACCUCAACAUAACAUCAGUGAGCCCAUUUGUUGCUUCUUUGUCUAACGCUUGUUGUCUAGAUGAAAUCCUACCUACCGUAGCAGGACAAAGCAAGGUAUUUUUAUAAAUGUCCAGGUUGGAAAAAAAAUCCUCACUUAAUAAAUAGCAAUUAAAAAUGGAACUUUUUCUCUUUUUACUUAUGGUUAUUUUGAACGGAUAAUUUGGUGGAGGGUAAAGGCAGAAUGAUCAUGAUGAUUAAUUUAAAGGUAUAUAGACAACUGAUUGUUGUUAAUUCAAACAGCUUAUGAGGACACCUUCAUGCUUGGAAAAACUGUUUUAUAGCUUGUUACUUAUUUUGGACCAGGUAUAAAAUGGCCGCAUAAUAAAAUCCCUGGUUCAUUUGCUUUUCUUAAAUUGGUGACUAUAAGUUUCACUAAUUAUGAGACUGGCAAAAACUGGGGUAGGAAGAAUGGGCAGCUUAGUAGAAGAAAACAGUGAUGUAGGAGACUGACUUAUCUUUAUUAAAUUGAGAGAUUUUAGCCAAGAAAAAUAUGGGUCAGUUCCCCUCCCCCCUAAAAUGUUUUUAAUGAUUCCCAGUAGAAAUAGGUGGGGUCAGCCUUCGUUAGUAACUCAGCUGCAGUGAGUCAGGAAUCUAGCUCAUGCUAUUCCCUAGUGUGCAAUCAAAGCAGAAGAAUGAUGUAAAGGUUAAAAUCCUUAAGUUGAGAGCUUUGUGUACUGCAAAGGACCCUGCCUAGAGGUUGGACGAUGGGAAGGUAUUAUAACAGUUGAUGUAAAAAAAAUUGCCUGGAAAUGUCUAUGUCUCAGGAAUUUUGUAAUAUAUAGACUGUUCUUAUGAGUCAAUAAGAGCCAAGUAAAGCCAUUCCCCCUCCCUGGAUAGUAAGCUACUGGCUAAAACACUUCUCUCAAAUACAUACUUACUACUAUAGUCUAGGACAAAUGAAUCCUGUAUUUUUUUUUUUUUGUAUUUGAUUAAUUAAAGGCAUAAUUGGGGAAAAAUCAUGGUGUAAGAGACUACAGGUAUAAAUAUAUAUCUGGAAUACUUGGGUGAUUUCUAAUGUACAUAUCUUAGUAUAUAGUUAAUAUGGAGUAUGGUUAAUGGCAUGCUAUUCAUUUUAUUUAUGGCAGUUUAUCUAACAUGGGAUCAAACAAAUUCAAUUUACUACUUUCUUGAACAUUUCUAUUCUUAGUACUAGUUGAUUAGAAAUAAAAUUUAAAUCUUUGUGUAUUAUAAGGGUCCUUCAAUUCUCAUGUAUAUAACUGAGCUGUAUCCACUAGAAAUAA